AUAGAAGGGUUUUUUAUAACAAGGUUCAUGUAAGUUUAUAGCAGUUCAUAUGCAAACAGCUUCCCUGUACAGCUAGUACAUUUGCAAAGAGCAUUAAGCCUGCAAUCAAAUAUCUAAAAUGUGGAGCACACUUAAAUCUGGGAUGUGUGUUAGAGUACAUUAAGAAACGCUGCUUUUACUAAGUUCUUGGCAUUAUCAUAAGAGAUUUAGCACAGCCAAGGAUGGGGCAAGCUGAAUAGCCCUCAGAGGGGACUCAGACAUUUUGGAUCCUGACUCGUUUAACUUUGUUUACACAGUUGACUCCAUUCAUUCUCUGAAACAAGUCACUUCCCCUGUGGUGGCUGAUAAGAGUUUAGCAGCUUGUUGAGGUGGAGUGUCAGAGUCAUUAGUAUUAAACACAUUCCCAGCCACACCACUGGCCCCUGUGCACCGCUUGCACUGGAAGCUGUUUGGAAAAGAAGAAAUAGAGAUCUGUGAAGGGAAAUCAUGCAUCAUCCUCCUGGCUGGAAACCACUGAAGACUAUAAGCUGCUUUCAUCAUGUGGAUUCACCGGAGAAAUGACCUUCCUAGAUCAGCCAGGCCAAAUCAUAAACUGGUUUGUUUGCUCGCUGUGCACCCCAUGGGUGCUGAGGUUCUGCAGGGGUAGGCGUCCCAGGACCAGGAGGAAUCUGCUGCUGGGUGUAGCCUGUGUGCUAUACCUGGGGUUUCUGGUCAGUCAAGUGGGUCACAUUUUACCCCAGCACAGAGGGGGACGCCAGAAGAUCAGUUCCAGGAGUCUUCAAGAUGCUGGUCAGACACCUUUUCUGGGGAUCCCACUGGAUGGCACUUUGUCCCCACCUGAUCUCCAAGGGCCCCAGAUGGCUGGCAAUGGGACCUCAGUGCCACCCAACGUGGUAUACAUCACACUGCGGUCCAAGCGCAGUAAACCCACCAACAUCCGAGGCAGCGUGAAACCCAAGCUCAGGAAGAAGCAUGCAUUCCCUUUGCCCUAUGGGCAGCACUUUCCAGUAGGUGUCACUGGGCAGGAGGAGAACUUGUCCCAGCAGCAGGGGCGGACUAGCUACUCCAUGGGAAUAAUGAGGGCAGCAGUAGUUCCAGAGACACCAAGGCACCAACUGAAGAAGCACUGGGAUGGAGAGAGGGAGGCAGUGGGCAGGGGACACCGAAGGCAUAUUGGGGUUUCAGGAGGUGUAAAUGUGCAACCCCAGGCUCGGGAGAGUAAUAUCAGGAUAUACAGUGAGAGGUCCCCCUCUUGGCUGAGCAAAGAUGACAUCCUAAGCAUGCAUUUGCUGGCAGAUUCCCGGAUAGGCAGUAUCCGAGAAGCACCCUCUCAGCAUGGAGUCCUACUGGUGUUUGAGAGGAAUCCCAGUGCCACAGGAGCAGCUUGCAGUCAAGGGUACUGUGGCCUCAUCAAGAGACCCCUUGAUAUGAGCGAGGUGUUUGCCUUCCAUUUAGACAGGAUCUUGGGGCUGAACAAGACCUUGCCUUCUGUAAGCAGGAAAUCGGAGUUCAUCCAAGAUGGUCUGCCAUGUCCUGUUAUUCUCUGGGAUUCCUCAUUGGCUCCGACAAAUAAUAGGACCCAUUCUUCAGUGAGGCUAAAUUGGGGGGCCUAUCAGCAGCUAUUGAAACAGAAGUGCUGGCAGAAUGGCAAAGUGCCCAAAGCUGAUUGGGGCUGUACUGAGAUCCAUCACCAUGAGUGGUCCAAGAUGGCACUCUUUGAUUUUCUUCUGCAGAUCUACAAUCGACUGGACAGAAAUUGCUGUGGGUUCAAACCUCGCAAGGAGGAUUCCUGUGUUCAGAAAGGACUGAAGCUGAAAUGUGAAGAUCAAGAUGCUGUUGACCUGACACACAUUAUUCAGAGAAGGCAUGACCCUAGGCACUUGGUCUUUAUAGAUAAUAAAGGUUUCUUUGACAGAAGCGAAGACAAUCUGGAUUUCAAAAUAUUACAAGGAAUCAAAGAGUUCCCUGAAUCUGCAAUUUCAGUGCUGAAAAGCCAGCGCUUGCGAGAGAAGCUUCUUCAGUCUCUGUUCCUUGACAAAGUAUAUUGGGAGAGCCAAGGAGGUCGCCAAGGAAUUGAAAAACUUAUUGAUGUGGUAGAAAGGCGUGCCAAAAUUCUUCUUACCUAUAUAAAUGCACAUGGAGCCAAAGUAUCACCCAUGAGUGAAUGAAAGUCUUUUUUUUCCCCCUAAUGCUAAGAAUUACAGUUAUAUAAGGCAAGAACUGGUGGCAAAAUUGCUUUUUCUUUUAAAAUUCUUUUAAUUUCCAAAACAUAACAGUAACCAGGUAAGCUUGGGUUUUUUAGACAUUUGAAAAAAAUGUUAUAUAGUAUAAAAGUGCCAGUUCUCUAACUUUCUCUAAAAUCAUUCUUAAAUGCAUUUAUUGCUGUGUUCUUCUAACAAAGAUGUCUAAGCAGUGUAAUAAACAAUGCAAUAAUUUAAUACAAAUAUUGGAUUCUCAA